AUGGAUAAGUCACGGAUUACAGAGCCACAACCACCAAUUAUGUAUCAGCAAUGGAUAAAAGAAUUUAUUGAUUUUGCAUUUAAAGGUGCAAAAGAAAACGACGUAGUACUAUGCCCUUGUAAACAUUUUGGUUUCAAAAAGUCAAAGAGUGUGAGUGAAAUGUUCGACCGUUUAAUAUGGUCACCAUUUCCGAAGGGAUACACCACAUGGAUUCAUCACGGAGAGUCUUUUGACCUACCUAAUACUAUCUUCCCUAGUACUACUCCAAAUAUGGUUGAAGAUAAUAUCAUUGUCAAAUAUCAUAUUCAGAACAUGAUCAACGAUGCAUUUGGAGUUGAUAGGAAUCAUGCUAAUGAAAUACCAUCUGCAUCAAAUUUGGAGAUUGCCCAAGAAGAUUAUGUGAUGUCAAAUGCAACUCAGGAAAUAAAUGAAGCCAAUGAGUACUAUGAAUUGGCUAGAGAAUGA